AUACACAAGUUUCAUAAAUAUUAAUUUGGUUUAGCAAUUUUAUAGUGUUUUCGUAUAUUUAUACAUAUAUUAUUUAGACAUUUAAUCAUUGUUCAUAGAUAUAUAAUUUGAAUUUAAAAUAAAAUGGAAUAUAUGUUAGGUUAUCGAGAAAUUAUACCCGAUCAAACUUGGCCGGAAAAAUGGAAAGAAAUUAUUUUGAAUACAGGUGGUAGUCAAAGUACUUUACAAGAUAUCAAAGUACCUGAAAGAGCUGGAGGAUAUUGCUAUAAAGAUUCGACCAAAUAUUUUACACGAAACCGUUUUAUUUUCUGGCGUAUUAUACAUGAUGUAUUAGAAUUGGUGGAACAUAGUCUUGAUGUUAAUCUUAUCAAUAGUAGAAUCAGAUAUAAAUUUACUGAUACUCCAAUACUUGAUGGAAUUUCUGUUCACGAAACAAUUAAUUCUGUUAUAAUUUUAAUAGUAACUGUUUCAAGUAUACAUAAACUUUCGUUUCCACAUCCAAGCAAAGUUGAAAAGCAAGAAGAAAUAUUAUUAUCACAUGUUGAUGUUACUCUUCAAUCAAUUUUCAGUGAAAUAUUAAUUUCUAAUACUAGAGAUCCUCACAUAUUUCGUUUAAUUCCUAAUGCAAGUUCAACAAAUUCUCCAGUAGCACAUGCAGCGGCAUCAUGGUUAACUAUACCUCAGGAAGAGGCAGUAUUUGUCAUUGCUUAUAAUUCAGGAAUGAUACAAUUAGUACGUAUGGAUACAGUUACAGGUUUGGUACAUUCUAGUGAGCUCAAACAUGAGUCAAUAGUUCCUCGUUUUUUGAGUGGAAUUGCUACAGCUUUUCGAGGAAGAGCACUAGAAAUUGAAGCAGCUAUGUCAUUAGUUAUUCAUCCAAUCGAAAAUGAUAUCUAUUUAUUCGCACUUUGUCGUGAAGGACAUUUACGUAUGUGGUCAUGUAAUAAAACUCAGUGCAUGGUGGUGGUAGAUGUAGCCAUAAAUAAUCGAGUACCUGUUCAAAGUUAUCAAAAUCAUGGAUUAAAAAAAACAGUUAAUACACAAAAUGAAUUAUUUUUGUGUACAUAUUUGAAGCUUGAUAUAAGAUCAGAAUUUUGUAUUUGGAAAUUAAUUCAAGAAUGUGGUGGAUUUAAACUAGCUCGGGUUUGUACUUUAUAUGGGUCUGAACAACAUCUGGUAGACUUUUCAUUUACAUUAACUCGUCUGUGGGCAACUUGGCGAACAACUGAUAUUGAUACUAUCGCCGUUACACAUACAAAAUUACCAUUACCAAAUAGUCAAUAUAAUUACGAAUGGGAAUCAGCUGUAUUGAUACAUCCUCCAGAUAAGGAUUACAUAAUUAGCGAUUCUGGGACUGAUCCUCGACAAGCAUAUAUCAAUUAUAUAUUUCAUCCCGGACAAUUUUCAUUACUAAACAUUAGUCGUGCUCUAAAUAUUUAUCAAAGGUCUAAUUUUUUGUCAGAUGUUAAGUUAUCUCUUACAUUACUGAAAGAAAGAGUUUGUAUGGCUGUAGAAGCAGAAAUACAAAAUGAAGUCAUGGAUUACGAAUUGAAAGAUGAAGAAUAUCUAGAAAUAGUUAAUCGAUGUUGGUCUAAAUUUUAUUCAUGCGUUCUACAAUAUCAUUCAAAUGGAUCACGGCCGGUAGGCCUAUUGUUAUUGCCAAAUGUUUGUGGAAUUAUUCUUCUUAAAAAAUCCUCGUUUUCCUUGCUUAGACCGAUGGAGGCAUUAGAACAUAUGAUAUUAUGCAACGAAAAAUCCUAUGUAUCCAGAUUUAAAACUACUCCUAUUAUAUCGCAGGAUCUUGAGAUAUGCCAAGAUGUUAUAACUUUAAUGUCGGCAUUAGUUAUUUUAGACGAACAAUUAUCGGACGACUUUAAAAUUACUUUUGAAAAAAAACUAUAUCAUUUAAAAGGUCCAGAUGUUAUUAUACGUAAUUUAUUAUCUAAAUUCAUAUUUGAAGGAGAUGAACAGUUUUCAGAUUUUGAUUUUCAAUCAAAAUUGUGUCAUAAACUUGAAAGUGUUAAAGAUAUAUCAAGUGCUAUGUCCAUGUUGCUAGAAGCUCUUACAUAUGAUCUUGGACAACCUAACAAAAUGGAAUUAUAUAAAAAAUAUUCAAAAAAUUCUAAAAUAUUAAAGGAUAUAAAUUACCUUUUCGGUAGUCAUUUAGGCAUUUCAACAUUAUCAAAAAUUGUGACUCAAAUUGCUACUGUACGCUUUUCUAUAUGUAGAAAUUUACUUAUUUUACAACAAAUUAUAUUAUUACGGCAUGAAUUCUUUGAUUCGCAAUCUUUAUAUUCUAUAAAAUCAUCACUAGCGCCAAGGACCGUUGUUUUAACUCAAGCAUAUUUUAUUGUUAUAUGGAUAUGCUCAUCGAGUACAUCGGUCAUACCAUCACAAGCAUUACUCGAAAUAAGCAUUCAGCGUCUUGCUAUUUUAAAAUUACCAAAUGGCAGAUCAUGCAUUGGUCAACAGCGACGAUCAUUUUCUUUAUUAGAAUUUUUUAUUCAAUAUUGUAUUAAAUAUAAUGUAUAUAAUUUAGUUGAUCAUACUAAUAUUGAUACUUCAAAUAUAAUUUUUUGGCAUUCUGGCAUGUUAACACUGGCAACCUUUAUCGCUCAAUUAAUAUGGCCAAUAUCUGGUAACUUUUUUUUUCCUGAAUGGCUUUUAUGUAGUUGUCAAUUUUUGCUGUUGCAAGAAUAUGUUCGCUUACUUAGUACAUGGUGUGAAUGGAAUGGUGCUUCAAGAGAAUUUAUUCUUGGAAUUAGUUUAUUAGAGAUGGGAGAAUCACAGAAAGCGUGUGAUCAUUUUUUAAGAGCUUCAAAUGGAGUUUUAAUUGAUGAUUACUUAUGUAAAUUAUUUUCAACUCAUAUAGUUUCGAAAAGUGGUGCACUUAUUCACUACUACUUAAAAGUCAUAGAAUUAUUUGAACAACAUAAUGCAUCAGAUUGCAUAAUUGAAUUAGCGAUGACCGCAAUGACUAUUGCUGAAAAAGAUGAUCCGAAUUUACCAACACUCCAUUCCAUAGUUUUUACACAACAUCUGAAUUUGCAACAUCAUAUAGAAGCUUACAAUUGUUUAAAUACCAAUCCAGAUGCUGCACGUCGUGUUGAUUGUUUGCGGCAAUUAGUUAUAACUUUAUUUAACCGAAAAAAAUUAAUAGAUCUUAUAGAUUUUCCUUAUGUAGAUAUGUAUCAAGAUCUCGAAAAAAUAAUGGAAUCUAGAGCUCGAAGUGUUGAUUUAAUGGAAAAUAAUUAUUAUGACUUUUUAUAUAGUUUUUAUAUCAAUAAUGGAAAUGUGAGAAAAGCUGCAUCGAUAAUGUAUGAACAAGCAAUACGUUUAAAUCAAGAACCUCAUUCAUUGUCAAUUAUUUUAAAACAUACUAAUUGUCUAUUAGCUUGUAUUAAUGCAUUAUUUCUGGCAAAUAAUAAAUACAGAUGGAUCGUUCGACCUGUUAUUGAUCAUAAUGCAUUGGAUGAAUGUAAUCUUAGGAAAAAAAGAAGCGCAGGUGGUAAUGAAAUUUUACAAUAUAGAAUUAAAAAGAAAGUAGAGGUCUUAGAAUUAAAAGGGAUAAAAGAAGAGUAUAUUAUAGCUCAUGCUAAAUUAAAAUUAACGAGACUUAAUCCAAAUAUACAUCUUGCAGCGCAAACAUGUCCGUCCGAAAUUGUUUCUAUUAUGUGCAGUGCUGGUUUAUAUAUUAAUGCUCUUGAUGUAUGUGAAUGUUUUAAUUUGUGCAAAAUACCAGUAUUAGAAAGUAUAGCAUCUCAGUGUGUUAGAUUGAACAAUAACGAUAAUAUAACUGCAUGGGAUUGGCUCAAUCAAAAUGAAAUUUUUGACUUAAACAUAUCUACAUUUAAUAUAUGUAAUAUUGCAUGGCAAUUAUUGCAAUUUUUAACACUUACACAUGAAAAGAAUGGAGAAACUAUAUUACAUAAAGGAGUGGCUAGAAAAUUAUUUCAUUGUGGUACGUUUCUACCAGAAUGGCUUUUUUCUUCAUAUGCGAAGCGAAAUCCAGCAGAAUUUCUUCGAUUGAUGAUUCAAAUGGGUAGACUUGAAGAAGCCGCAUUCUUUUCAUUAGAUUAUAUCAAGGCUAUUUUAGGGAAAGGUAAAGAGUAUUUUGGACUAAAAACAUCAUUAUUAGCUUUGACUCCUGCAGUGUAUCUUCCAUUUAAUACGUUAGAGAUUUUGUUAUUGGAACUUGAAGAUGCAAGUAAAGGUGACCCAGCUUAUUUAGAGGUAUAUGAACCACUACAAAAUGCAUUCGAAAAUUAUCUUCAAAUUGCAGAACGCGUAUCAGUGGAUAUGAUUAAAAUAAGAAAUUUAAAUAGACAAAAGUAAAUAAUAAAAAGGUAUACAUAUUAGCAAUACACGUUUUUACUGUUUUAAUGCAUAUAUAAUAUUUGUCAGUUAUAAUAAAAUUUGAAAUAUGGUCAUCUGUUAUAUG